AUGCGUUCCGUCUUCAGAAAAGGAGAACCAACUAUUGUCGGAGAGUCUUCCAACAGUGCGGAUGCCAAUGAGAACGUCGACGCUUGCGGUGACCUGUUCAAAGCAGCAAAAGCAGGUAAUGUGCCGAAGAUCAGGGAGCUACUGGAUGCAAACCCAGAAGAUGUCGACAAUAGAUGCAAGGCAUGUCGCAAUGUUACUCCCGUGAUUGUCGCCGCUGUCUCCGGCCAGCAACGGGCCGUGGAGGAGCUCUGUAACCGCGGCGCAAAUGUCGAACUUCGGGACAUCGACGGCUACACAAUUAUCAAAUUGGCCCUUGACGCCGGACAGAGAGAUAUUGCCGAAUAUCUCGUCUGUCGUUACCCGGACAUGACUAUCACGGACCCUCGUCUCCCCAAGGGCGCACUAUGGCUGGAAAAGGAAUUUUGGAAAAUGUCCAACAAUAUCUCGGACAAAUCGAGCAAGCCUCCAAAGAAUGUUCUGGAUUACCUCCUUACUGGCGAUGAAAAGCGGUACAAGCCUAUCAAGGACCGGAACGUCUCCGAGAUCUACUGGGAGCAUAUUCUACUUCGCUAUAUCGGCGACGUUCCAUGUGAUAUUCGACGGAACUACUCUGACGAGCUAAAGAUGGCAUUCGUCGGGACAUUUGAUCGACUAUUAUACAAGCACUGCGGUAUUAAAGAGUCCGCGAGACUACUAAACUGCGUGCUACCUACCACUGCAUAUGAUGUUUACGGCACACAUGUGGCUUCGGAACAGGGUUGGGUGACAGAACGUUGGAGGUAUAAUGACGAAAAGACCAAAAUAACUGUUCCUGACGGCAUAGAUACUUUCUUGAUCAAUCCACAGGAAGGGAAAAUCGUGGUGAUGUUGAUUAAUUACAGGGUCUACAAGGAUGGGGUAUUCCUCGAUAACCCAGACCACUGCAGACUCAACAGACCAUGCGAAAGGGUCUGA